UUUCCCCUUUGCACGACCAGAAAAACUGCGACCAUGUCUCUGACAAACGGCCACUCUGUGAGCAAAGAAACGUGGGAUUCCCACAACACGAUGAUGCUGGAGCCUCUGUCCGUCAACGACUCUGAGGUGUUCUCCAUCAUAAAAAAAGAGAAGCACAGGCAGACGUACGGUCUGGAGCUGAUAGCGUCCGAGAACUUCGCCAGCAGAGCCGUUCUGGAGGCUCUGGGGUCCUGCAUGAACAACAAAUACUCUGAGGGAUACCCCGGUCAGAGGUAUUACGGUGGUACGGAGCAUGUUGAUGAGCUGGAGCGACUCUGUCAGAAAAGGGCGCUGGAGACGUACGGUCUGGACUCAGAGAAAUGGGGCGUCAACGUGCAGCCGUACUCAGGUUCACCUGCCAACUUUGCCGUCUACACGGCCGUUGUGGAGCCCCACGGCAGGAUCAUGGGGCUGGACCUUCCCGAUGGAGGUCACCUGACGCACGGCUUCAUGACUGAGAAGAAAAAAAUAUCUGCGACGUCCAUCUUCUUCGAGUCGAUGCCUUACAAGGUGAAUCCAGAAACCGGCUACAUCGACUACGACAGACUACAAGAAAACGCUCGGCUGUUUCACCCCAAACUCAUCAUCGCAGGAACAAGCUGCUAUUCCCGCAACCUUGACUACAGCCGCCUGAAGCAGAUCGCUAAUGAGAAUGGUGCGUAUCUGAUGGGAGACAUGGCUCACAUCAGUGGACUGGUGGCUGCUGGAGUGGUGCCCUCGCCCUUUGAGCACUGUGACAUCGUUUCCACGACAACACACAAGACGCUGCGUGGCUGCCGCGCUGGACUCAUCUUCUACAGGAGAGGCGUGCGCAGUGUGGAUGCCAAAGGGAAGGAGACUCUGUACAACUUGGAGUCUUUGAUCAAUCAGGCUGUGUUUCCAGGGCUGCAGGGAGGGCCGCACAACCACGCCAUCGCAGGUGUUGCUGUAGCUCUCAAACAAGCCAUGACGCCAGAGUUCAAGGCUUACCAGCUGCAGGUUCUCGCUAACUGCAAAGCUCUGUCCAGCGCCCUUAUUGACCACGGCUACAAGAUUGUCACCGGCGGCUCUGACAACCAUCUGAUCCUGCUGGACCUGCGCAGCAAAGGAACUGAUGGAGGGCGAGCGGAGAAGGUUUUGGAAGCCUGUGCCAUUGCCUGUAAUAAGAACACCUGUCCAG